AUGGCUGCAGCCAUCUGUGUUCUGUCUGAAGAUCAGUUUCUGUGCUCCAUCUGUCUGGAGGUGUUCACUGAUCCUGUCACCACACCAUGUGGACACAACUUCUGCAAAAACUGCAUCACUGAACACUGGGAUACUGACGACCAGUGCCAGUGUCCGAUGUGUAAAAAGGUUUUUAACGCAAGACCUGAGCUGCAGGUCAACACUUUGUUCUCCGCAAUAGUCGCUCAGUUCAGACAGUCAGCUCAACAGAAAGCCAGCAGCAGCAGCUCACAGCAACAAGUGUCCACACCAGGAGAAGUUCCCUGUGACGUCUGCACUGGAACCAAACUGAAGGCCCUGAAGUCCUGCCUGGUGUGUCUGGUCUCCUACUGUGAGACUCACCUGGAGCCUCAUCUGACAGCUUCACGUCUGAAAAGACAUCAGCUGAUCGACCCUGUGGAGAACCUGGAAGACAGGAUGUGUACGAAGCACGAUAAACCUCUGGAGCUGUUCUGUAAGACCGACCAGACAUGUGUCUGCAUGCUCUGCCAUGUUUCUGAUCACAAGACACAUGAUGUUAUUCCUCUGAAAGACGGAUGUGAAGUAAAGAAGGCUGAGCUGGAGACUGAAAUUCAGCAGAUGAUUCAGAAGAGACGACUGAAGAUUCAGGAUCUCAAACAGUCAGCCAGCUUCAGCAAGGAAAAUGCAGACAGAGAGAUAGCAGACAGUGUUCAGAUCUUGACUGCUCUGAGGGAGUCUGUCGAGAGAGGCCUAAACGAGCUCACUGAGACAAUUAAAGAGAAGCAGGAAACAACACAGAAACAAGUUGAAGACUUAAUCAAAGAGCUGGAACAGGAAAUCUCUGAGCUGAUGAAGAGAAGCACUGAAGUGGAGCAGCUCUCACUCUCUGAAGACCACCUCCAUCUUCUUCAGAGUUUGUCAUCCAUGGAAGCAGUUCCAUCCUGCAAGGACUGGACAGUGGUCAGCAUCUGUCCAUCAUAUGAGGGCAUUGUGGUGAGAGUUGUGUCUCAGCUGGAGGAGACACUCAGUAAAGAGAUAAAGAAGCUUCUUGAAGCUGAGCUGAAGAGGGUCCAGCGGUAUGCAGUGGAUGUGACUCUUGAUCCUGACACAGCACAUCCAUGUCUCAUCCUGUCUGAUGAUGGGAAACAAGUGAAUCCUGGUGACGUUCAGAGCAAUCUCCCAGACAACCCUGAGAGAUUUUCUCUCAACCCCUGCGUUUUAGCAAAGCAGAGUUUCUCUUCAGGCAGAUUUUACUUUGAGGUUCAAGUUAAAGGAAAGAUUGAAUGGGAUUUAGGAGUGGCCAGAGAGUCGAUCAACAGGAAAGAAGACGUCCCACUGAGCCCUGAGGAUGGUUACUGGGCUAUAUGGCUGAGGAAGAGAGUGAAGUACAGAGCUCUCAAUGACCCUCUAGUCUCUCUUGUCUUGAAGGUUAAACUCAAGACAGUGGGGGUGUUUGUGGAUUAUGAGGAGGGUGUGGUCUCCUUUUAUGACGUAGAUGCUGCAGCUCUUAUCUACUCCUUUACUGGCUGCUCCUUCACUGAGAAACUCUUCCCAUACUUCAACCCAGGUCUUAAUGAUGGUGGCAAAAACUCUGCACCUCUGAUCAUCUGUCCUGUCAAUCACACUGAAGAGACUGAUCAGAAUUAG